GAACACCAGUUCUUACUUGGAGUGGCACACAAUCAGUUCGCAUACAAAAUUCUCCCAAAAAUUUGUAUCAUAUUUUUCAAACCUUUUUUUAAAAUUAGUUGUGAGUUCGGUUUAUAUAAAUAGUAACUUCAGUGGGAUUUAUGGAAUUUUUCUAUAUCAUUUCGAAGGCCUUUUACUAACAGACUUGUAAUACAAUGAGUUCAGACAAAGUAAACGAAAGCCAGAGCAUGUGUAAUGGAUCGUGGGCAAAGAGCGGAUUCUUAAACUACAUGCGCGAGUUCCUUCAGCGAAACGGCGAUAUGGGUUGGAUUGAGUUCGCUGAGCAGGGCGCCAAGUCCUGGAAGAAUAUGAGCGAGGAGGAAAAGAACCACUAUCGCCACAUGCCCGAUGCUCAAAUGGGCGUCAUUUCCAUGAGCAUAGAAGAUGAAAAGCCCAAAGCUCUCAGCGAAAUGUGCAACCAUCCAAUGGGCCGUUCCAUGCGCAAGUCCAUGAAAUCCUGUGCGAAGCCAAAGAAGUCCUGUACCAAACCGCGUCGAAAGGCCGCGUGUGCCAAGCCGCGGGCAGCGUGUGCGAAGCCCAGGCGAUCCGCUUGUCCCACCAAGGAGAAGGACAAGUGUUCCAGGUCGAAGUGCAGCAGGCCGGGUCCAGUCACCAAUAAUGGCUAUUUGAAUUUUGUGCGAGCAUUCCGCAAGAAGCACUGUGACCUCAAGCCCCAAGAAUUGAUCGCGCAGGCCGCUAAAGCCUGGUCCAAGCUACCCGAGGAAAAAAAGGAUCGAUACCGCCGCAUGGCUUGCAAGGUCACCACUAGCGAGCGCCACAAGCGCCGUCGUAUCUGCAACCCCUGCUAAGAUCCUGAAUCGUCAAGAUUCAAA